UACCAGUCAGUCCUCCUCCCACCAAAACUUAACUCUGUAAUCCGUUUUCGUCUCUUGUCUUCCCAAAUUUGAUCCACUUCUUGUAGGUAACAAUGUCAAACCCUAGGGUUUUUUUCGAUAUGACCAUUGGAGGACAACCCGCCGGUCGCAUAGUCAUGGAGCUUUACGCCGACACCACCCCUGUUACCGCCGAGAACUUCCGCGCCCUUUGCACAGGCGAGAAGGGAGUUGGUCGCAGCGGCAAGCCUCUCCAUUUCAAGGGUUCUGCCUUUCACCGCGUCAUCCCCGACUUCAUGUGUCAGGGAGGUGACUUCACCGCCGGGAACGGCACCGGCGGCGAGUCAAUCUACGGCGAGAAGUUCGCUGACGAGAACUUCACCAGGAAGCACACCGGUCCAGGUAUCUUGUCGAUGGCCAAUGCGGGUCCCAACACCAACGGAUCUCAAUUCUUCAUCUGCACGGCGCAGACGGCGUGGCUGGACGGGAAGCACGUGGUUUUCGGUCAGGUUGUGGAGGGCAUGGGUGUGAUGGCAGAGAAUGGCAAAGGUUUGAUACUGGCGGUGGCUUCAAGUGCAUUCAUAGGGGCAAGCUUCAUCUUGAAGAAGAAGGGUCUUAAGCGAGCUGCUGCUCACGGCACUCGUGCAGGAGUUGGCGGUUAUACUUAUCUAUUAGAGCCACUUUGGUGGGCUGGCAUGGUAACAAUGAUUAUUGGGGAGAUUGCAAACUUUGUGGCUUAUAUCUAUGCUCCUGCAGUUCUGGUUACCCCCCUUGGUGCACUAAGUAUUAUUGUCAGUACUGUUUUGGCUCACUUCUUGCUGAAGGAAAAGCUUCAGAAGAUGGGGAUUUUGGGAUGUGUGUCCUGCAUUGUGGGUUCAGUUGUUAUAGUCAUCCAUGCACCUCAAGAGCACAGUCCAAGUUCUGUGCAAGAAAUAUGGGAUCUGGCCACUCAACCAGUAUUUCUAGUUUAUGUGGCGGCAACAGUUUCAGUAGUUUUAGCUUUGAUUUUGCAUUUUGAACCUCACUAUGGACAGACGAAUAUGCUAAUCUACUUGGGAAUUUGUUCAUUAAUGGGCUCACUUACGGUAAUGAGCAUAAAAGCCAUUGGAAUUGCAAUCAAGCUUACUGUAGAGGGAAUUAGUCAAAUAGCUUGUCCUCAAACUUGGUUCUUUUUUACAGUGGCUGCCAUAUGUGUCAUUACACAGUUGAAUUACCUGAACAAGGCACUGGAUACAUUUAACGCAGCAGUUGUUGCUCCUGUAUAUUAUGUCAUGUUCACAAUUCUGACUAUCAUUGCUAGUGUGAUAAUGUUUAAGGAUUGGUCUGGUCAGAAUGUGAGCAGCAUAGCCUCUGAGAUAUGUGGAUUCCUAAUUGUUCUUUCAGGAACAAUCAUAUUGCAUGUGACAAGGGAACAAGAACAAUCUAACAUGCAAGGGUCCUUAACAUGGUACAUUGGCGAGGAUUUGAUGAAGGGCAUUGAGGAUGAACAUCUGAUCCUUAUACAUGGUUCAGAUUAUGUUGAACACUGACUUUUCCGUUGAGGUUGAUGUAAGAGAACAUGUUCUCCUAGCAUCUAGGAAGGAUAAAAUAACAUGAACCUACUGGGGUCAUGAUUUGGUGCAUUUGCAGUGUGGAUUGAUUGUCGGCCGUCCUAUGUUGCUAUAGUUUUCUGACUAUUUCUUCUGCAGGCUGUUGUAUACAGCUACUAGUAAGAGCCAUAUCUUAUACGAUGUGUGAUACGCUGAUGGUGAUUCAAUAGUAUUGCGACGCUGGAGAUCUUUGGAGUGAUUUCAUGGUAUGUUUUAUCAUCCGUGGUAGCUGGUGUCAUGUAUUUGUUUCCUGCAUUUUUGGUAGAACGUUUGCGAUUGCUUUUGUACAUAUAUUUCUCGUCUGUAAUUUAUUAU